UUUGCAAUGCAUCAAACUAUAAAUACAUCGUUUAUUUCUUCAGAAGAGCUUUCUUUACUCUUGGUGUGGACUUAUCUGUUCAGUGUACACGAUGUUUCUUGCUGGAAUCCUCCUCAUUCUUAUUUUUGCCUUGUUGUCGUUUUAUUUUGUCCUGUGGGCACACAAUCAUAUCAGAAACUAUGUAUUAAUGCAAAAAUUACCGGGACCACCCAAAUCGAACAUAAUAAUAGGGAAUUUGUCGUACAUUCAAGAGAAACCAGAAAAAAUAUUCAAGCGCUUAAGAGAGUGUGCUCAGAAUUUCUAUCCAGUGUAUAAACUAUUCGCAGUACAUAGAAUAGGGGCAAAUAUUUUGAGCCCCGAAGAUUGCGAGUUGAUUCUUUCCAAUCCAGUACACAACGAAAAAGGCUAUAUUUACAAACUGAUACACAAGUGGUUGAAAUUCGGUCUUCUGACUAGCAAAGGUUUGAAGUGGCAAAUCCGCCGAAGAAUUCUAACACCAGCGUUUCAUUUUAACAUCCUCCAAGAGUUCGUACACGUCUUUAACGAAGAAUCCGAGAAACUCGUCGAAGAAUUGAAAACCCAGUGUACACGCUCGUACAUAAACAUAAACCCACAUAUAGCCCAAUUCACUCUAAAAACCAUCACUGAAACCGCAAUGGGUACGAAACUCGAGUUCAUCGACAAAAGGGAGAAAAAAUACAAGAAAGCCGUCUACGACAUUGGGAAGAUUCUUCUCUACAAAAUGAUUCAUCCCUGGUGUAUUGAAACCGUAGGCAGCUUCCUAAAUCCCUGGUUCUUCAAGGAGCGCAAAGUCCUUAGAACGUUGCACACAUUUACGCAGGCAGUAAUCGAAGAACGGGAGAAGAAUUUCAGCGACAUUGAGCUACCAAAGGAAGAACACGACGUCUACAAAGGGAAGAAACGUCUAGCGAUGCUAGAUCUUCUCCUGUCGGCGAAACGCAACGAAGGAAUCAUUGACAAUGAAGGCAUCCAGGAGGAAGUUGACACUUUCAUGUUUGAGGGUCACGACACGACUUCUGUGGCUCUAGGUUUUGCUUUCAUGCUUCUGGCCAACAACAAACACAUCCAAGAAAAUAUUUUCCAAGAGAUGGUCCAAGUUCUAGGAGAUGUUCGUAAAAAACCCACCUACACCGAGCUGCAAAAUUUGAAGUACAUGGAGCGGUGUAUUAAAGAGAGUUUACGAUUGUAUCCCAGCGUCCACCUUAUUUCGAGGACUCUAGGCGAGGAUGUGAUAACCCACACUGGACACUUGCUCCCCAAGAACGGUAUUGCGGUUAUACACAUCUUCGAUAUUCAUCGCAAUCCUGAGAUUUAUCCUGAUCCUGAAAAAUUCGAUCCUGAUCGCUUCCUUCCGGAGAAUUGUCAAAAGCGACACCCGUAUGCGUAUUUACCAUUUAGUGCCGGAUCGAGGAAUUGUAUAGGACAAAGGUUCGCUAUGUUGGAAAUGAAAGCUACUCUUUGUGCCAUUUUGGGUAACUUUGUUUUGGAACCGAUUGAUACGCCGGAGACGAUUGUUCUGGUUGUGGAUAUUGUGCUCAGAACUAAGGAAGGGAUCAAAAUUCGACUGGUUCCUCGAGGGUACAGACAAUAAUUUGGGUAUACAGAGUUUACUUUAUAAUUUUUUUUAAGUUUUUAAAGUAUUUAAAAAUGAAUUUACUGAUUUUUAGUGGUAGCUAUUUUUAAGGCAUGUUUUGUUAUGUUUAAUAUUAAUGUUUAAAUAUACGCAGUUAUGAGUG